AUGGCUGGGGACAACGCAACGGUUUAUGUUCGUACGCUUCAUCAACGCAACGGUCAAAUUCAUAAUCAACUUACAGUGGAUAAGUCAGGCGUGCAAUUUCGUGAUGUCAAUACUUUUGAUAUUAAGGAUCCAGAAACUGGUGCAGUUAUAUUUACAACGCAUCGGCCUCAUUACAAUAUGCCUAAAGGAGCUAAUGUGCUGCUAAGUUCUGAAUGGAUUCGCAUGGAUGCAGUCGCAAUGUUUCUGCAAGCUGAACAUAAUCUUUUAAUAAAUUACACUGAAGGUGCUCUUACUUUGGAAGAAAAUUCCGGUAUAUAUUGA